GGUUAAACUGCGUCAAUGGCCCGUGCACGAGGGGCGGCGGUUACUCGGCGGGCGCCACUGGCUAUGACCCGCUCCCUCGCCAGUCGCCCCUUUAAGCGCGGCCCCGCGCCAGCGCGAAGCGGCCCUGGUCAAGAGCGGCGCCGGACGCGCGUUCUCUUCCACGACAGCAGCGGGAGUCUUUUUUAUUACCAUCGAGCAUUCUCUUCACAAAUGGUGUCGAUUCAGCAAGUUGUAUUAAACUCUCGACCGGGUAAAAAUGGUCAGCCAGUGGCAGAGAACUUUAGGUUGGAAGAGAGUACUUUGCCUGAAGACUUGCAGGAGGGGCAGGUGAAAGUUCACACCAGAUAUCUGUCUGUGGAUCCCUACAUGCGAUGCAGGAUGAAUGAAGACACCGGGGUGGACUAUUUGGGUCCUUGGCAAGUAUCCCGAGUUGCUGAUGGUGGAGGAGUGGGAGUGGUUGAAGAUAGUAAACAUCCCAUGUUUCAAAAAUGUGAUGUUGUAACUUCACUCAACUGGCCUUGGCAGACUCGGGCCAUUGUGGAUGGGAAAGUCCUGAUGAAGCUUGAUCCUCAGCUUGUAGAUUGGCACCUCUCCUAUUUCCUGGGUAUUGUUGGAAUGCCAGGGCUUACCUCUCUACUGGGUGUGAGGGAGAAAGGCCACGUGAAGCCUGGAGCUAAUCAAACUAUGGUGGUCAGUGGCGCCGCAGGAGCUUGUGGGAUGUUAGCUGGUCAGAUUGCUCGUCUCGAAGGAUGCUCCAGAGUGGUUGGGAUCUGUGGCACAGAUGAAAAGUGUCAAGUUUUGGUCCACGAGAUGGGUUUUGAUGCCGCUGUUAAUUACAAGAAAGAUAAUGUCGCAGAGAAGCUACUGGAAUACUGUCCAGAUGGAGUGGAUAGUUACUUCGACAAUGUUGGUGGGCAAAUCAGUGAGGUUGUCAUUAGUCAGAUGAAAAAGAACAGCCAUGUUAUUCUAUGUGGACAAAUCUCCAUGUACAACAAAGACGUGCCUUACCCCCCUCCACUUCCAGCACAAACUGAGGCUACCCUAAAGGAAAGAAAUAUCACAAGAGAGAGAUUCGUGGUGAUAAAUUAUUCGGACAAACAUGCUAUGGGCCUGGUCCAGUUGAGCCAGUGGCUGAAGGAGGGAAAACUGAAGGUUCGUGAGACAAUGGUGAAGGGAUUGGAAAAUAUUGGAGCCGCCUUUGAGUCACUGAUGAAAGGGGGCAACAUCGGGAAACAGCUUGUCGUAGUCUCUGAGGGGUAAUGAGGCAAACUACCCUUUCUCCCGAAGAGGAACUGAAGAAACACUUAUUGAGGCAUUCAUUUUAAAUAUAUUAAACUAAUCUAUCAUGUACCUGGAUCAGAUUUGCUGUUCUGAUGCGUGUUGUAUAAAACAUUUAAUUCUAAAUAAAAUUCCUAUAAUCUUCA